GCGGCACAGCCAAGCCGAGGAAGCCGCAGCUUCAGGGAGCUUCCCGCUGUCCUUGUUCACAGCUCUCAGGCGCCCGAGUCCUCUCUCGCCCCUUCGCAUUGAUAGCGGGAGCUGCGUAGCCUCUCCUGAGAUGGACUGAGACCCGCGAAGUGACAGCACCUGUUGCAUCGGAUGUCUGCACGUUACUCUAAUCCCGCCUGCAUCUAAUUUCAGCGUCAAGUAUUUAUGGAGUGUCAGAUGAAUUAGGAGCUGGGCUUGCAGCAGUCUCGACGCCGCGGGGAAAUGCACUUGAAGGGAUCCGUAUUUGCCUCGCACUUUCUCCACGCCAGGCGCUUGGGAGUGCGCUGGACCUUGGCGCUCACAGCCCACUUGGCGCGAGCUCAAGAGGCGCGGGGGGCCCCAAACGCUCCGGCAGGGGUCGGGUGGUAUCCGCGUUGUGAGCACAAGCUCGGGUGGCCAGCGUGGAGGAGGGGCCGGGGACGGGCGGGCGAGGCAGGGCCAGGGCUGCGACCUUGCAGAAACGGCAGUUACGGGUCUCUGCUGGGGCGGUAGCUCCACGUCUGACACCCCUGUACCUGGCGGCGAGGCGGAGGUACGCUUGUCCUCGGCCGCCGCUAGUCGACACUAGGGGCCGCCCCACGCCCCGAACGCAUGCGCAGUGGCAGCGGACUACGACUCCCACCGUGCCCUGCGCGCGUGCUCCCGGAAGUGGUCGUUCGUAUCGUCUCCGACCUCCGUGCUGGGGGCGGGCGCGCCGGCUGCUCUGGGGAAGGGGCGGGAACGAGGACCUGAUGCGGGGUGGGGGAGGCCGCGAUGGCUUCGGCUGGAGGCGGCGACUGCGAGGGUGCUUCGCCGGAGGCCGACCGUCCCCACCAGCGGCCCUUCCUGAUCGGGGUGAGCGGCGGCACUGCGAGCGGGAAGAUGCUUUUGAUAAUGAUUUGAUGCAUAGGACUCUGAAAAACAUCGUGGAGGGCAAAACUGUUGAAGUCCCCACCUAUGAUUUUGUGACCCAUUCAAGAUUAUCAGAGACCACAGUGGUCUACCCUGCGGAUGUGGUCCUGUUUGAGGGCAUCUUGGUGUUCUACAGCCAGGAGAUCCGGGACAUGUUUCACCUGCGCCUCUUCGUGGACACAGACUCUGACGUCAGGCUGUCACGGAGAGUUCUCCGGGACGUGCACCGGGGGAGGGACCUGGAGCAGAUUCUGACCCAGUACACCACCUUUGUCAAGCCAGCCUUUGAGGAAUUCUGCCUGCCGACAAAGAAGUAUGCUGAUGUGAUCAUCCCACGUGGGGUUGACAACAUGGUGGCCAUCAACCUGAUCGUGCAGCACAUCCAGGACAUCCUGAAUGGUGACAUCUGUAAAUGGCACCGAGGAGGGUCCAAUGGGCGGAGCUACAAGAGGACGUUUUCUGAGCCAGGAGACCAUUCUGGGAUGCUGACCUCUGGCAAACGGUCACACUUGGAGUCUAGCAGCAGACCCCACUGAGGACUGCUGGGUACUGUUCCCUGAGCCUCCUGGGGGACAGAAACAUGUGUUCAGGGACUAGGCCUGGAGAUGCCUCCUAUCCUGGGAAACACACCCACCGCUUCCUCUCAGUGUACAUCCGAGAGCGGCGUUAGGACCAAGGCCUCCCUUCUGAGUGGAAACCUGGACAUGUCAUUCAAACUGAAUUUGCUGAGAUAUUGACAAGGCAUUCCCAAAGUUUCCACCUGCUUCCUCAGGUUUCAGGUUUAAAAACCACUUGGGCCACUGAGAAAUGCCACAGAAUGUGCAGUAAACCUGUUUGCUUCUGCAAGGGAGGCAAGUAGCAUGUUGUCGGGGAAACCAAGGUAACAGCUUAGGUACCAUGGCUGGCCUGGUGGUAUUUCAAGUGAACCCAGAGAUAGAUUUUCUAGUUGGAUGUGGUUCACACGUAUAUGGAACUAAAAUGUUUUAUGAGACUUUUCAUUUUUUACGUGUUACAUGUCUUUAAUGUUUUCUAUUUUAUUCUGUAUCAUAGCACAAGGCUGGUUGUGACCUAUGAGCCUAAUUUCAUGGUUGCCAUCAAGAGUGGCAAACACUGAUAUGAGAAGCCACAGUAAGAUGGCUCCCUCCUCCUCCGUGUGUCAAGGGCAGAGAGGAGGCAGGGCUUCUGCAGUUCAGCCCCAGGAGCCUGUGCAGCGUGAGGGCAGCAGCAGUCAGGUCUCCUGGCUGGAGCCAAUGACAUCUGAGCAGUCCUGCCUGGGGCCAGGCCCUCCCACCCACCAACAGGAGUCCCAUACCACGGUGCUGUGUGGACCGGCUGCCCCCAGUGUGGCUCACACCCACACCCAGGGCAUGUGCUGGGUCUAGAGUGUGGAUACUUGUGGUUGGCCGGUUUCCCUCAUGCCAGUCCUGAGCCCACGGCCCUUAUAGACGAUCUCCUGUGUCUGUGUUGAAGUUUGUCUUCCCUCCCGCAGGAUGGCUGUUUCUAUAAAGUAUCUUCUGUCCUCGUCACCAGCCAAACUGCACAGGCAGCUCUGAGCUGCUUUUCCGUCCAGUGUAACUCACAGUUUACGCAGACUUGAGCUGAGGUGAGCUCCAGAGUUGGUUUCUGAAACUGUUAACAGUUUGUCAAGCAUAGACCCUUUUGGAGGGGGACCAAUAAAUAACAGCAAAUACGAACG